AAGCUUCUUCCAUAUAUAACUAAUUUGUUUUAUUCAAUUGAAUUUAAUAUAACUCAAUUUAUUGGUGUGUGUUGUUCAUGUUAGGAUUAUAAUUUUUAUGUGGAUUUUGUUAUGUCACCAUUCAUUAUUCAAGAGUCUAGAAGGGAACCAUGUAUACCCAAGACUUAAGCCUUUAGAUGCUACAAGAGGGCUUUGAUCACUUGAGCUACAAAUUUCUGAUUCAUGCAGAAAUAAGUGAUCAUGAAAAGAUGAGAAUAUGUUCCACAUUAAAGCAUGAAAAGUUGUCAGCUGAAGCUGUGAGAUAUCUUAGUAGAAAUAUGGCAUUUCCUUCAGAAACAAAACCAAGAUUGAAUGUAAAUAGACAAAGUCGGAUGAAAAGCCUGCUGCAGGAAAAUGAUCACUUGAAAAGCUUCUUUGACUCCAUGUUUCUCAAAAGCUUCUUUGACUCCAUGUUUCUCAAAAGCUUCAAGAACAUUAUCAUUGAUGCGAAAGAGGAUGCUAAAAAGGGAACAAUGUUAUAUGAUGGUGAUGAAGGAAUACAUAGUAGUGAGACCCAAUUGGCAAGUCUAAAGAAGAUAGGGAAUCAUACUUUGAGUUUGAGCAACACUGCUAUUUAUUACUUGCUAAAACUCUGCAUAAGAUUAGCUUAAUUUUUUAUUUGACACUCAAGAAUAUACUUUCGAUUCAUGUAUAAUAUAUUUGAUAUACGAUAUUAUUUAUUA